UUUAGCGAGAUUUAUUAAUAACACAAUUGUUCUUUUGAAUUUUGAGUUGAAUUUUUAAAUGAAAGAUGCGAAUCGCGAUGGUUUUAUUUAUCGGGAUUCAUCUCACAUGUGCCCGAAAACAUUCUCUGCAGUACUUCUACACUGCUGUGUCUGGAGACGUUGACUUCCCAAAGUUCACUAUAGUUAGUCUGAUGGAUGGUCAACAGUUUUUCUAUUAUGACAGCAAAAUAAAGGCAGCUGUUCCUAAGACAGAGUGGAUCAGACAGAACGAGGGAGCAGAUUACUGGAAUGGUGAAACUGAAAAACACACCACUGAGCAAACUGUGUUCAAUAACAACAUUCAAGCUUUAAAGGGCAGGUUCAACCACUCAACAGGAGGCUCGGGUGUUCACACAUUCCAGUGGAUGUACGGCUGUGAGCUGGAGGAUGAUGGCACCAGACAAGGACACUGGGAGAUUGGUUAUGAUGGAGAGGACUUCAUCAGCUUUGAUAAGAGCACCUCUACUUAUAUUGCUGCUAAUCCUCAAGCUACCAUUACCAAAAAUAAAUGGGAUUUUCAGAAUUUGAAUAGAAAUAAAAGGAAAAUGUAUUUGGAUAUUGAAUGCAUUAAGUGGCUGAUUAAUUAUGUGGGUUAUGCCAAGGACAGUCAAGAGGAAAGAGUCUCUCCUCGAGUGUCUCUGCUGCAGAAAUAUUAUUCCUCUCCAGUCAUGUGUCAUGCUACAGGCUUUUACCCCAGUGGAAUAAAGAUCUCCUGGCAGAAAAAUGGACAAGAGCACGAUGAGGGUGUUGAGCUCAGUGAACUUCUGCCUAAUGCAGAUGGCACCUUCCAGAAGACCAGCAGUCUUAAUGUUAAACCUGAAGAGUGGAAUAACAACAAGUUCAGCUGUGUGGUGGAGCAUCAGGGAGAAACCAAGGCAGCAGAUGAAAAAAUUAACUAA